GAAUGUAAUUUAUUUAACCUUUUGCGGUGGGUCUACAGCAAUAGUUAUAACACAGGUGUUAUGUUUGUCCUAGUUACACAAUGUUAUUUACAUGUUGGCAAACUUUAAAUGUAAAUUUACUCACCAAUUUAAAAACAUUGAAACAUAAAAGACACUUAAAAAUGGAUUGACUUUUAAUCAAGAUAAAUGCAACUUCAACGGCUUAUUUAUAACUUUCAGAGAUAAUUCUGCAGAGUAAAAUAUAAACUGUUUAAUAAAAUAUUAGUUAUUGUAAUCAAAAUAAUGAAAAAAAAUUUGUAUUAAAAAGGUUGUUAGGAAAAUGAAUUAAACUCUGUUAAAACGAUAACAUUGAAAAUGCUUAAGUUUUCACUAUGGUUGCUUUUAAUUAUCCUUGCCAACCAAGUUUUAUCAAGACCAAACUUUGUCCUUAUCUUUGCUGAUGAUGUGGGGUAUGGGGACUUUCAGUCUUAUGGGCAUCCCACACAAGAGAGGGGACCAAUUGAUGAUCUUGCAGCUGAAGGAAUGAGGUUUACUCAAUGGUACUCAGCUGCAUCACUCUGCACACCAAGCAGGGCUGCUCUUUUGACAGGCAGGUUACCAAUACAUAGUGGGAUGGUUGGUCCCACUCGCGUACUGCACCAAAACGACGCUGGUGGUUUGCCCAAAAAUGAAACCACCCUUGCUGAAGCUUUGAAAGAGCUUGGUUACAAGACAGGAAUGGUUGGUAAAUGGCAUCUGGGUAUAAAUGAAUUGAAACAGAACGAUGGAAGACAUUUACCAAAACAUCAUGGGUUUGAUUUUGUUGGGACAAAUCUUCCGUUCACAUUUCACUUGUUCUGUUCGCCAAGCGAGUAUCCAGUUGAUAAGAUGAAGAUCAAAUGCUUCCUUUCCAACAAAGAUGAAAUCAUAGAGCAACCGAUCAUACCAGAGAAGUUGACGGACAAAAUUGUGGAGGGGGCGAAACAAUUUAUUACAGAGAACCAGAAGAAUCCAUUUUUUCUGUAUUUGUCGCUGCCCCAAACUCAUGUUGCUAUGUUUUGCAAGGAAGAGUUCUGCAACAAAUCAAUGAGAGGCUCAUAUGGAGACAAUGUUAAUGAGAUGUCGUGGGCUGUUGGGGAGGUUGUUAACCAACUUAAAGAUUUAAAUCUUGAUCAAAACACCCUCGUUAUGUUUCUGUCAGACCACGGGCCAGCUGUUGAGUUCUGUUAUACUGGAGGCAGCACUGGGGGGUUAAAAGGAGGAAAAGCAUCUUCAUGGGAUGGAGGGAUCAAAGUACCAGCUGUUGCUUGGUGGCCUGGAACGAUACAACCAGGUGUUAAAACACAAGUUGUAAGCACCAUGGACAUUUUUCCAACAUUUCUUCAACUAGCAGGUAAUGAAGGAAACAAUGGAAACCUCGAUGGAAUGUCAAUCUCCGAUCUUCUUCUAAGUAACCAUGACAACGAGGUUCAUGAAAUUCUUUUCCACUAUUGUUCUGAUCGGUUGAUGGCUGUGAGGUAUGGGAGAUACAAGAUUCAUUUCCACACGCAACACCUCCAUGUGUUCAACUCAAACUGCAUUGAUGGCAAAGCUCUUGAAAACAUCGUGGAUUACUUUGAUUGCUACGCCAAUACAACAACACACAAUCCACCUCUGAUAUUCGAUAUUAACACUGAUCCUGAGGAACUCUUCCCCCUUGAAGCUGCACCACGUGCCCACAUCAUAGAAGAGGUUGAAAAACAGGUGGCUAAGCAUCAGAAGACAAUCAAGCCUGUAGCAUCACAGUUGGGCCGGCAUGGAAAAGAUCUACAGCCAUGUUGCAACCCCCCUUCUUGUGUUUGCAAUUAUCCCAAUCCUGAUAAGAGAAAAACUGAGCUGUAACAAAUAACAAUGUAUGUUUGGUAAAAAUAACAUGCAUUGAAUUUAUUUUUUUCUAACACGAUAGGGAAAACUAAACUAAUUAAAACAAAGAAACAAAGUUUCUUCAAUGAGUUUUUAGUGCAUAUAAUGCUACAGAGUGGAUUACACUGUCCUUUUUUAUAUCCUUAAAUGCAUUUAAAAUGUUGCAAUAAGUAUAUUGUAUUGGUUGUAUGUUGAGAUGUUCCAUCUCUUAAAUGUUUUAAACAACUGUUUUGAAUAAAAACAAACCUGUGGAUUA